AUGGUGCUGGUGGUGCGGCGACGCCUGGCAGCCAAGCGUGCCUCCCUCGCACCGCAGGGCACCCUGCUGGUGGGCUUCUUCCACCCCUACUGCAAUGAUGGCGGUGGCGGGGAGCGGGUGUUGUGGUGCGGCGUGGAGGCCCUGCGGGAGGCCCUCCUCCGACGCAACGUGCCGGCGCGCUUCGUCAUCUACACCGGAGACGACGCGCCGGCCGCCGCCAUCCUCGCCAAGACCAAGACCAAUUUCGGCAUCGAGCUGCCGGAGGGGUCGGUCGAGUUUGUGCGGCUGACCAAGCGCGAGUGGGUGGAAAAGCGCCGAUGGCCGCGCUUCACCAUCCUGGGCCAGAGCCUGGGCUCCAUGCUCCUCACCUGGGAGGCCCUGCAGCUCUGCCCGCCCCACCUCUUCGUCGACACGAUGGGCUACGCGUUUGGCUAUUGGCUGGUGCGCGUGUUCGGUGGGUGCAAGGUCGGGAGCUACGUGCACUACCCGACGGUGUCGACGGACAUGAUCGGGCGAGUGACGUCGGUGCACAAGAUGGUCUACUACCGCGCCUUCGCCUGGCUCUACGGGUUCAUGGGCGGUGGCGCCCAUGCCGUCAUGGUCAACUCCUCGUGGACCGAGGCCCACAUACGCAGCCUCUGGCGCAUCCCCAGCCGGUUCUUCCAGGAGAUCGAGCUGGAUGUCGCCCAGCGCAACAACGUCAUCAUGUCCCUGGCCCAGUUCCGCGAGGAGAAGGACCACAAGCUGCAGGUGCGGGCGUUCGCACGCCUGCUGCAGAGCCCCACCUUCACCAGGCACGCGUGGGCCGACUCCGUGCGCCUGCUGCUCGUCGGCGGCUGCCGCGGACCCGCCGACCAGCAGCUGUUGGACGAAGUGGCGGCCCUGGCCCUGGAGAAGGGCGUGGUGAAUCGCGUGGACUUCUUGAAGAACGUGGGCUGGGAUGAGCUACGACGGCUUCUGGGCCACUCGGCGGUGGGCCUCCACACCAUGUGGUGCGAACACUUCGGCAUCGGCGUCGUCCAGAUGAUGGCUGCAGGUCUGGUGACGAUCGCGCACAACUCGGGCGGACCCAAGACGGACAUCGUGGAGCACGGGCAGACGGGCUUCCUGGCGGCCACGGAGGAGGAGUACGCCGAGUGCAUGGAGCGGGCGCUGGUGGCCAAGAACGAGCGGCCCGAGGCGCACACCGACAUGCAGCGCUCGGCCCGCCGCUCCGCCCAGCGCUUCUCGGACGAGGUCUUCGCCGAGCAGUUCGCCGCCUGCCUCGUCCCCCUCGCCGUCGCUGCUCAGUGA